AUGCCUGGAAAACUCUUGUCUUGGCCGGAUUGGCCCGAGUUCACGGCCUCCAAGGCAGAACGUGGUGACGACCUUGUCGGGUACAAGAAGGCUAUCGUGGACAAGUAUGGGAAAGACGCGCUUGUGCAGAGCUGGCUAAGAGUCUGCAAGGAGCUGGAGUCGGUGACAGACUCUAUCGCUGAGCUAGGGUCUUCUGCUAUACCAGAAAUUCAGUUCCAAGACAUUUUCGCCCUGACACCUGAACAAAAGACCAAGCUCAAGGAUACGGGAUGUUUUGUCGUCCGCAAUGUCUUCAGCGAGGCACAAGCCGACGAAUGGUUCCAGAACCUCAAGGAGUAUGUUGCUGCAAACCGGUCAUCGAUAGGAGGCUGGCCUGCUGAAACGCCGUUCAUUCUCAACCUGUAUUACUCGCCGACCCAGAUAGCAGCCCGGUCGCAUCCGAAUCAGUUGAGACUGUCGGAGGAGCUCAACUCUUGGUGGCACGACGACACUGGCACCACCUCGCCCGAACCCCUCUCCUAUGCGGACGGGGUGCGUAUUCGACCUCCCGGAAUCCCGUUUCGAGGUCUCGGUCCGCACAUUGAUGCUGGAAGCCUGUGUCGAUGGGCCGAUCCUGUUUACCAGUCAUUCUACUCCGCCGUUUUCUCGGGCCACCCAGAACUGCUGGACAUCUACGAUUUGACCAUGCGCAAGGACGCCAAUCAGGCCAUGUUUCCGGGGUCUGCCCACUCGAGAGUCUUCCGAAGCUUCCAGGGCUGGACCGCGUUGACCUCGGCAGGACCGGGUGAGGGUAGCUUGAUGCUGUAUCCCAAUGUCAAAUGGACCAUUGCCUAUUUGCUGCUGCGGCCAUUUUUCCGAGCACCGGACUCUGACUCGGAAGAAGAUGUCAGGGAUGCGGGCAAGUGGACAUUCGACCCGGAAACUCCUUGGUUUCCUGGAACGUUCAGAGCCGAUAGCCAGCUGCUGAGCCCUUCUUCGCACCCCCACCUUCGGUUGCGCGAGUGCAUGGUCGGCAUCCCGAAGAUGAACCCCGGCGAUACGGUUUGGUGGCACGCCGAUAUGUGUCAUGCGGUCGAGGUUGACCACAAUGGUGACCACGAGGCGAGCGUCACCUACAUUGCGGCCACGCCCAGGACGGAGCAGAAUAAGAGCUAUAUCAAGGGCCAGUUGGAGGAUUUCUUGAAAGGCAAUCCGCCCGAAGACUUUCGGAGAGGUCCCGGCGAAAAACAUUUCAAAUUGUUUACUGGCGAGAAGAGUAUCCUGAGUGGUGAAGCAGGGAGGCGGGCUAUGGGAUUCGAUCUGCUUGCUUGA